CGUUAACAUACCACCAAGACCUCCAAUCCGUUUUUCGAAAAAGUACCUCCAAUCCAGCUGACCUAUCGCAGCACCUGACGCCGAACAUCGUGAUUCCCCGUUGCAACCUCAAUUCUGACACAGAGUACUUGGUCACCUACUACGUCGAAAAGUCCGGCUUGCUGCUCAGCGGCUCAAUCCUCGAAGACACCAUGAAGAUUCGACCAACGAACCAGUUUACUAUUGCGCCGUCUUGCGCAGGCACAGCCGUUGAAGAAGUCGGCAUCCCGGUACGGUUUCAAUUCGCCUCACGGCAUGCGAUUCUGACACAAGGUCGAGUAGAGACGAGAAAUGGAACGUGCAUGCUCAAGAAUCCUGUGAAUACGAGCAGCAUGGUCCUGGAGAGGACAAUCGCGAAAGCGAAAGCGGCAGGAGAAGGAAGCUACUCGUCUGGAUCUGCAGGAAAUACGGAAAGCACCUCCUCAUCUUCAAUGGGAAUGACUUAUCCAUCUGCUCCAAUGGUGACUGGAAGCACUUCAUCAGGCAGCAUGGCAAUGAUGGCAACUACUGUUGCGCCAGCAGCUCCUUCAACUUUGUCUGGCACAGGGUCAACGAUGUAUAGCACAGGGUCAUCUUCAUACUCGUCAAGUUCAUCAUCUUCCUCGCCAGCUUCGCCUGGCUACUACCGUAAACAGCUGCGUCGCCUCCAGCAGCGCUACGCAAUUGGCCUCGCUGCGAGAGAUGGCGGUGCGGACUUAACACGAGGCAACGCCUUUGCGUCAGAGGCGCCGAGCUGUCAACCCAACGAGAAUCGAGCCUGCGGUGACAAUUUGGCUUCGAGGUAUUCCGAAGAUACAAGUAGCGGAAUGCGCGUGAUACAGACUAACGCUGUGCCAAACCACAGGUACAAUCUCGGUCGGGAAGAGCCGAAUCCUAGACAGGUUUGCGAACAGCCGCUCGAAAUUAGCUUGCCUUUGUCGCCGGAGAUGGUAAAACCUGUGGUAGAGACCGUGGCUGGUCGAGGGGCAGCUGCAACAACAACUACCAAGAGUACGCUGACUUUAGCAGAUACCGGUCUUGGUAUCAUCGGCAUUUUGAAAACCGGUGCGCUGCUGUACAAUCAGCUGAGUAUAGCUGGUGGCGAAGACGACGUUGCUGUGGUGGUAGAAAAGGCA